GGAGACCUCUAGCAAAAAGGUUGAGGGAUCCUAACCAUACAGCCAAAAUUUCAAAUAUUCAUAUAUUACUGAUUUUGGUAAGUUGAUUGAAAUGGAAUGCUAUGAAGAAAAGAAAAAGAGAAGUUUUAGUUAUGAUAUUGGAGAUCAAAAGCUUAAGCUAAUUGAUAUUUCCUCAGAGGAAGAUUGUCUUAUUGAUUCUCCUUUAUUUGAUUCUCUUGAAGACCUUCGCCUUUCAGUAACAUUGGACAAUAUAAAUGAGAAUGGGGUUUCAAAUUCAUCAAGAACUUCCUUGCAAAGAGAUAAAACAACACAAGUGAACCAACAGAAGGAGCUAAAGCAUUUGUCUUCUGCACCUAUUCAGCCAGGAAGACCUAGUUUCUUGCGCAAAAGUUCAGCUUGGGAUAACGCCUUCUUCACUAGUGCAGGUCUUUUGGAUCCACAUGAACUAUCGUCUAUAUCAGAUGUACGCGCUCGAAAGCCAGUCCUAUCGGCUAUUUCAGAUACUGGAACUGACUCCACAGACAUGAUCUAUCACAGGCAAGUUUCCAAAAGGAAAAACAUGAAUAAUGCAAGAGCAGAGAGAAGUAAAAUAGAAUUAAAUUGUCACUAUAGUUAA